AUGAGGACACUGGAUAAGAAUGAGUUAAAAUUAUUCCUGCAAAAGAUCAUAUCUUCAGUUUCCUUGCCGCUUCUUCCCAGGCCGCAGUUUACAGCGUCGUACAGACAGUUUUCCGAUGACCCUGAGGAGGCGCAGGAAGUCGUGCCUGAAGAGACGCCGAGUGUUGUGGAAGUAAAAAACAGCAGGCUCUGCAGCGAUUACGAAAAAGUCACGCCGAAGUAUCCGCACAUCAGCUUUGAGCCAGACAACUUCCAGAAGCAGUGCUUUUACUACAUAAACAAGAGCCGGAGCAUAUUUGUAACUGCGCACACAAGCUCUGGGAAGACGCUUAUAGCGGAGUAUGCGGGGUACAUAGCAGAGCUGCACGACACGCGGAUGAUAUACACGUCGCCCAUAAAGGCGCUCAGCAACCAGAAGUACAGAGAGUUCUCGCAGAAGUUUAAAAGCGUGGGAAUACUCACGGGGGAUGCACAAAUAAACAGCGAGGCAAUGUGUCUUGUCAUGACCACUGAAAUACUUCGCAACAUGUUGUACCGGGGAAGCAAAAUACUGGACGACGUCGAGUUUAUUGUUUUUGAUGAAAUACACUAUCUAGGGGACAAGGAGCGGGGGGUUGUUUGGGAGGAGGUUAUCAUUAUGCUUCCAAGGCACAUUUCCCUGAUAUUCCUCAGCGCGACAAGCCCGAACGCAAAAGAGAUGUGCGCGUGGAUAAGCACGAUAAAAAACAAGGAAAUGCUUCUGAUAGGCACGGAGAAGCGCGCAGUCGAGCUGGAGCACGGGGUCUUCUUCAGAAACAGGCUCUUCGUGACCACGCAAAACAACAAGUUCUGCCACGAAGAGUAUAUGCAGGCCAAAAGCACGGGCGCCGUCGAGGUGCACAGGGAGAAGCAAAAGUCGAUGCAGGCGUCUAUGCGGGGGCCCUUGGUGGAGGCGAAGAAGAAAGCGCCCACCGUGCUGGAGUCCCCUAUAAACAUCGCCCGGAGGCUCAUUGAAAAGGGCCUGGCUCCAAUUGUGUUUUUUGACUUUUCAAAGGCGCGGAUUGAGCAGUCUUUCUCCAUGUGCAGCCCCCUGGAUCUUACAACGUCGGAGGAAAAGUCGCUCAUUCGGGGGUUUGUGCAGGACGCGCUUGGCAAGCUCCCCAAGGCCGACCGGUCGCUGCCGCAGAUUCUCUUUGUGGUUCCAGGCCUGAUUAGAGGCGUGGGGAUGCACCACUCAGGGCUUCUGCCCAUUCUCAAGGAAAUCAUUGAAAUGCUCUUCACAACAGGAGCUUUGCGCGUCUUGUUUUCAACGGAGACGCUUGCAAUGGGCUUAAACAUGCCCGCACGAACGGUUGUGAUCAGAAGCAUAAAGAAGUACAACCCCGAGACCCGGUCGUACAUGGACCUCACAGUGGGCGAGUACACGCAAAUGGCAGGGCGGGCCGGGAGAAGGGGGUACGACACAAAAGGGACGUCCAUAAUAGAGUGCUCGGGGCAGGAAAUGCUCCCGGAAAAUCUUCUUGUGAAGCUGCAGACAGGCACCGCCACAGCCAUACAGAGCAACUUCUACAUAACAGCAAGAAUGAUACUGAAGCUGCUCAGAAUGAAAAGUGUCUCGAUAGAAGAAAUGGUGCGGCUGAGCUUUGGGAAGUCAAAGACAGAGCAGGAAAUGCGAAAAGGCCUGCGCACGCAAACAGCUCUGAAAAAGCAGCUGCUCCACACUGUUAUAUCCUGCGACGCGUGCGGGCGCGUGCUGGCGUACAUAGAAAAAUACAGCCGCGCAGUGGCAAUGCUUGCAGAAGUGUAUAAAGGAUGUGCUGCAGCAGAGGGCGAUAUAGCGAUACGCGGAGCAGUGGCCGACAUAGUCUGCACCCCGCACUUCAUGCUUUUGGAAACAUUCGGAGAAGCCUCGCCCAAGGAGCCAGAAGACAGCAUUGCGCUGAUUUUGGACCGGACAACGGGAAGCCCUGCCGUCUUUGCUCGCGGGAGCUUUGCGAUGCACAAGGCCCAGGACGACGCUGUUCGCGCAUGGAGGGAGAUGCAUAAAUUUUGGGAGCAAGCCCCUUUUUCGUGCACAGAGUUUUCUGCACACUAUAGAGAGUUUGCACAGGAGCACGCGAUUCGGAGCCAGAUAGAAAGCAUCGACCGGAAAAUGCUGAGCACGAACACGUCUGGGCUUGAGUGCAACAACUACUUCAACUACAUUGUAUUCCUGCGAAGCCUGGAGUAUAUAGACGGAAUGAACAACAUCCGGCUGAAGGGAAAAAUAGCGUACGAGUUCAACUCGAUAGAGUGCGUGCUCACCACAGAAAUACUGCUGUCUCCGCUAGUCGCGGGAAUGCCAACGAGCGAUCUAGUUAUAGGCCUGGUCGGGCUCACGUUCUACGAAAAGUACCAGCUGAAGGAGGAGGCGGAGUACGCGAAGGAGGAGAUUCGCAUAGAAGAGAUAAAGGAGCUCAAGCCCUCUCUGGAGAUAAUAGACGAAAUAGUGCACGGCAUGCGCGCAAUAUACAGGAGCCACAAGAUCCGCAUGGACAUGCCCAACCACGCCUUCUGUGGCGAGCUGUCUCUGUGGCUGAAGGACAAGUCUCUUGCAGAAAUCAUCGACGCCUCCCCGCUGCCAGAAGGCGUGAUUGUGAAGUACAUCAAGAAGGCAACGGAGAUAUGCUCGGAAAUAUCUGCUGCUGCAAGGAUACUGGGAAAUCCGCGCUUGGCCGACGAGGUGGAAGAGAUCAACAUGAGGCUCAAAAGAGGAAUAGUUUUCACGCCCAGCCUGUACUACGGCUAG